UUUCUCUUUGAUCUCUUUGAGGAUUUAACAGAAGUUGGCUUAUUGAAAACCAGAGUCAUCCGAACAUAAGCCUUUUCUUGCGCUUUCAAAAUGGCUACACAAACGAUUCGAUUUUUAACAGUCUCCCAAGUUCAACGACUUCAUGCAAGAUUUGUCGUUCCCAAUGCCGUUCCAGCCCAGCCAAGCCUGCUAGAGUCUGCAGUCCAUUCGCCGAUGAACAUGAAACACUACGCAAAAGAGGACGAUGUUUUUCAGCUUGCUGCGAACCUUGCUGAGAAAAUAAUGAAAAACCAUGCCUUUCAGGAUGGGAACAAACGCACCGCCUUACUGGCCGCCGAUAUGUUCCUGAAGAUCAACGGCUAUUACCUUCAAAAAGUACCAUUCGCGGACGAUUCACACAAUAAGGGGCUAGCAAAAGCUCAUGUCGCCGUUGUUACCAACCAGUGGACUGCUGAACAGUUAGGGAACUAUUUAUAAGUCUGUGGCAGCACCUCUUGAUCUGGCGACUGCAGAAGUCAUGGAAUAUAUAAGCUCAGCUACCGAGUACUAGGCUCAUACUCUCUGUCAGCAUCCUUGAGGCUUUGGAUGGCUUCCGGGUGGUGUUUUGAUUGCAGCAUCCUGCCUUGGUUUUCGUGGGCUUCAAGUGGGGUUCAUAGUCGCAAAGGAUUUUGAAUUUGCACAUCAAUUGUACAUCUUACGGUAUCUUUGGUUGUAU